UCGGCAAGCCGAAAAGAGACGAACAUCAUCGGGGCGAUGGACCGCUGCUGGACUUGAUGAAGAGUCGGGAUAAUAACUUUCUCAAACAGUGGACGCAACGUUUGGGAAAAUACCGACACUAUUGCCCCAGCUUCGUCGGAGAGAGGUUGGCUGAGACAUCUGAAAAGAUUGGUCUUUGUCUACUUCUAACCAAGCUCUAGUGUGAUUCGACUGCAAUGUGAAUGGAACACGGACCAAAAACAUCUUAAUGAACCAAAACAGGACAUGAUGACAUUACAAGGUGCUGGAGUUUUUGCCAUGGUGGACAAAUUGUCUAGUUUCCUGCACAUUGGGGACGUUUGUUCCCUUUAUGCUGAAGGCUCUACUAGUGGCUUCAUCAGCACUCUGGGGUUGGUUGAUGACCGAUGUGUUGUUCAACCAGAUGCCGGAGACCUGAAUAACCCACCUAAAAAGUUUCGGGACUGUCUGUUCAGACUGUGUCCCAUGAACAGAUAUUCGGCACAGAAACAGUUCUGGAAAGCUGCCAAACCUGGAGGAACUAGCACCACAGAUACUGUCCUGCUUAACAAACUCCAUCAUGCUGCUGAUUUAGAGAAGAAACAAAAUGAUUCUGAGAACAAAAAGCUGCUUGGAACCGUCAUUCAGUAUGGCAAUGUCAUCCAGCUUCUCCAUCUGAAGAGUAAUAAAUAUCUGACGGUGAAUAAGCGUUUGCCGGCUCUUCUUGAGAAGAAUGCCAUGCGUGUGACUCUGGACGCUGCAGGGAAUGAAGGCUCGUGGUUUUACAUCCAGCCCUUCUAUAAGCUGCGCUCUAUAGGGGAUAAUGUGGUCAUUGGAGAUAAGGUCGUGUUAAACCCUGUCAAUGCCGGACAGCCGCUGCACGCCAGCAGCCAUCAGCUUGUGGAUAAUCCAGGCUGCAAUGAAGUGAAUUCAGUGAACUGCACCACCAGUUGGAAAAUCGUUCUCUUCAUGAAAUGGAGCGACAACCAGGAGAUUGUCUUGAAAGGAGGUGACGUGGUGAGGCUGUUUCAUGCAGAGCAGGAGAAGUUUCUGACAUGUGAUGAGCAUCGGAAAAAGCAGUAUGUGUUUCUGCGUACCACCGGACGCCAGUCUGCAACCUCCGCCACUAGUAGCAAAGCACUCUGGGAGGUAGAGGUGGUUCAGCAUGAUCCCUGCCGAGGCGGAGCCGGCUACUGGAACAGCCUCUUUAGGUUUAAACACUUAGCCACCGGCCAUUACCUUGCUGCAGAGGUAAAUCCAGACUAUGAAGAAGAAUGCCUGGAGUCCCGCUCCUCUAUGGAUUCGGAGCAUGAAGUGAUUCGGGCUCGUGCACGUAACCCUCAGGAUAAGGUGAUGUACACACUGGUGUCUGUUCCUGAUGGAAAUGACAUAUCCUCCAUCUUUGAGCUUGACCCUACAACUUUGAGGGGCGGAGACUCACUUGUGCCAAGAAACUCGUAUGUGAGGCUCAGGCAUCUCUGCACCAACACGUGGGUCCACAGCACCAACCAGCCAAUAGAUAAAGAGGAAGAGAAACCGGUCAUGCUCAGAAUAGGAACGUCUCCUCUGAAGGAAGAUAAAGAGGCGUUUGCUAUAGUACCAGUCUCUCCAGCUGAGGUUCGAGAUCUGGAUUUUGCUAAUGAUGCUAGUAAAGUGUUGGCCUCCAUUGCUGCCAAACUGGAGAAGGGCACCAUCACCCAGAAUGAGAGGAGGUCAGUGACGAAGCUGUUGGAGGAUCUGGUGUAUUUUGUGGUGGACAUACCCAGCAGUGCUCAAGAUGUGCUGGAGAUCACAGUCAACAAACCCAACAGAGAGCGACAGAAACUCAUGAGAGAGCAGAACAUUCUUAAACAGAUCUUCAAGCUGCUGCAGGCGCCAUUUACAGACAGCGGGGACGGCCCUAUGUUGCGAUUAGAAGAGCUCGCAGACCAGCGUCAUGCACCCUUUCGACACAUUUGCAGACUCUGUUACAGAGUCCUACGUUACUCACAACAGGACUAUCGCAAAAAUCAGGAGUACAUAGCAAAGCAGUUCCGCUUCAUGCAGAAGCAGAUAGGAUAUGAUGUGCUGGCUGAAGACACAAUUACAGCCCUUCUGCACAACAACAGGAAGCUCCUAGAGAAACACAUCACAGCAGCUGAAAUAGAUACCUUUGUCAGUCUGGUCCGCAAGAACAGAGAGCCCAGAUUUCUGGAUUACUUGUCAGAUCUGUGUGUGUCGAUGAAUAAAUCCAUCCCGGUCACUCAAGAGCUCAUCUGUAAUGCUGUGCUGGACCCAGCCAAUGCAGACAUUCUCAUCGAAACCAAGCUUGUGUUGUCACGAUUUGAGGUGGCAGGAACGGUGUUGGGUGAAGGUGCGGAGGAGGAAGAGGAGGAUGAAGAGGAGGUCUGGCUGUUCUGGAAGGACAGUGGAGGAGAGGUGAAGAGUAAAAGCAUACGAGAGCUUGCACAGGACGCAAAAGAUGGACAUACAGAGGACCAGGAAGUCAUCAAUUAUUACAGAUAUCAGCUGAAUUUGUUUGCUCGGAUGUGUCUGGAUCGACAGUAUCUUGCGAUUAACAAGAUAUCAGCACAGCUGGAUGUGGAUCUGAUUCUGCGCUGCAUGUCAGAUGAAGAUUUGCCCUUUGACCUCAGAGCAUCGUUCUGCCGCAUGAUGCUGCACAUGCAUGUAGACCGUGACCCUCAGGAGCAGGUCACCCCGGUCAAAUAUGCUCGACUGUGGUCUGAAAUCCCAUCACAAAUUUCCAUUGAUGAUUAUGAUAAUGAUGGGACGUCACGUGAUGAAGUGAAAGAGCGCUUCUCUCAGACGAUGGAGUUUGUGGAGAAUUACCUGAGGGAUGUUGUCUGCCAGAGUUUCCCGUUCUCUGAUAAGGAGAAAAACAAACUCACUUUUGAGGUGGUGAACCUGGCAAGAAACCUGAUCUAUUUUGGUUUCUAUAACUUCAGUGAUCUGCUAAGGUUAACAAAAAUCCUAUUGGCAAUCCUGGACUGUGUCCACAUAAGCACUCCCUUCCACAUCAAGCUGGAUAGAGAACCUGGUAAAGGAAGUAACGUGAUGCGCUCCAUCCAUGGGGUGGGAGAACUGAUGACACAGGUAGUGUUGAGGGGUGGGGGAUUUCUGCCAGCCUCCAGCCACAAUCCUCCUGACAGAGACGAAGUGAAAGCACAAAGUGAACCUCAGAAACAAGACAUACUGGUGAUGGACACUAAACUCAAGAUCAUCGAGAUCCUGCAGUUUAUUCUGAAUGUGCGGUUGGACUACAGGAUCUCCUGCCUCCUCUGUAUCUUUAAGACAGAGUUUGAUGAAAGUAACUCUCAAAGUGAACCAUCUUUAAGCCCAGAAUCUCCUGCCAGCGUUCAAGGUGCGCUAGACUUUGAGCACAUUGAAGAGCAGGCGGAGGGUAUUUUUGGAGGAAGUAGUGAAGAGAACACCCCGCUGGAUCUUGAUGAUCAUGGUGGACGGACAUUUCUGAGGGUCCUGCUUCACCUGACCAUGCAUGACUAUCCUCCGCUGGUAUCUCGAGCUCUUCACCUGCUCUUCAGACACUUUAGCCAACGCCAGGAGGUCCUACAGGCCUUCAAACAGGUUCAGCUCCUGGUGACCAGUCAGGAUGUGGAAAACUAUAAACAGAUCAAGUCAGAUUUGGACCAGCUGAGGUCAAUAGUAGAGAAAUCAGAGUUGUGGGUGUAUAAGAGACAAGGCUCAGACUCAGGACUGGAUGCUGGAGAAGUCACCCCUGAAGCCCACCACAAGGGUGUCAUCAACUCGAGUAGAUCAAACAAACCCAAAGUGGAAAGUACCAGCAGCUCGAACUACAGAGUCGUGAAAGAGAUCCUGCUGAGGCUGAGCAAACUGUGUGUUUUGGAGGGCAUCUCUGGCAAGAAGAAUAAGAAACAGCAGCAGCGGCUCCUCAGGAACAUGGGAGCUCACAGUGUGGUCCUCGAACUGUUGCAAAUCCCUUAUGAGAAGGGGGAGGAUGUCCAGAUGCAGGAGAUCAUGACCUUAGCACAUCAGUUCCUUCAAAACUUCUGUGCUGGAAAUCAGCAGAACCAGGCACUUCUACACAAACACAUCAACCUGUUCCUCAACCCUGGGAUCCUGGAGGCGGUGACCAUGCAGCAUAUCUUCAUGAAUAAUUUCCAGUUGUGUAGUGAGAUUAAUGAGCGGGUCGUGCAGCAUUUUGUGCACUGCAUCGAGACACACGGCCGCAGCGUGCACUACCUCAAGUUCCUGCAGACCAUUGUCAAGGCAGAGAACAAGUUCAUCAAGAAAUGCCAAGACAUCGUCAUGGCUGAGCUGGUGACUGCAGGUGAGGAUGUGCUGGUGUUCUAUAAUGACCGGGCGUCUUUUCAGUCAUUGGUUCAGAUGAUGCGUCUUGAGCGGGAACGACUUGAUGAGAGCAGUGCACUCAGGUAUCACAUUCACCUGGUGGAGUUGCUGGCUGUGUGCACUGAAGGCAAGAACGUCUACACUGAGAUCAAAUGCAACUCGCUGCUCCCUCUCGAUGAUAUUGUACGUGUGGUCACACAUGAGGACUGCAUCCCUGAGGUGAAGAUGGCCUACGUGAACUUCCUGAAUCACUGUUAUGUUGAUACAGAGGUUGAGAUGAAGGAGAUCUACACCAGCAAUCACAUGUGGAAACUUUUUGAUGAUUUUCUGGUGGACGUCUGCAGAGUGUGCAAUAACACAAGUGACCGUAAACACGCUGACACAGUUCUGGAGAGAUACGUUACAGAGACCAUAAUGAGCAUCGUCACCACCUUUUUCAGCUCACCAUUCUCAGACCAGAGCACAAGUUUGCAGACCCGGCAGCCGGUGUUUGUGCAGCUGCUGCAGGGAGUGUUUCGUGUAUAUCACUGCAACUGGCUUCUCCCAGGUCAGAAGGGGAAUGUGGAAGCCUGCAUCAAAGUGCUGAGUGACGUGGCCAAAGGCAGAGCCAUAGCCAUUCCUGUGGAUCUGGACUGUCAGGUGAAUAAUCUGUUCAUGAAGUCCAACAACAUUGUGCAGAAAACAGCCCUCAGCUGGAGACUCUCUGUCCGUAACGCGACUCGGAGAGACUCUGUUCUGACCACCUCUCGAGACUAUCGCAACAUCAUUGAAAGACUACAGGAUAUAGUGUCUGCAUUGGAGGAGCGGUUGAGGCCUCUGGUUCAGGCUGAGUUGUCAGUGUUGGUGGAUGUUCUCCAUCGCCCAGAGCUGCUGUUUCCAGAGCACACUGAAGCCCACCGCAAGUGUGAGAGUGGAGGCUUCAUCUGCAAGUUGAUAAAACACACUAAGCAGCUUCUAGAAGAAAACGAAGAGAGGCUUUGCAUCAAAGUCCUUCAGACACUCCGAGAGAUGAUGACCAAAGACAGAGGAUAUGGAGAGAAGCUUCUGGGAUAUGAUGAUGAGAUGGAUGUCACGGAGGUGGUGGAUAUCAGUCUGCCACCCAAACAGCAGGAGGAUCGGCAGAGGGGGGAGGCCCUUCGGCAGCUGCUCGUCAAUCGUUACUAUGGCUUCAGGAGUGGUGGGCGGAGAGAAAGUCUGACCUCGUUUGGUAACUCCACCCUAACUCCUGUCGGGCCAAUCAAGAGCCAGCCAGGGGGGUUGAGCAGGGCUGAGAUGUCAUUAAUGGAGGUGCAGUGUCAUCUAGACCGUGAAGGGGCAUCGGAUCUUGUCAUUGAUCUCAUCAUGAACACUACCAGCGACCGCGUCUUCCAUGAAAGCAUUCUGUUGGCCAUCGCACUGUUGGAGGGCGGAAACACCAUCAUACAGCAUUCCUUCUUCAAACGUUUAACAGAAGACAAAAAUUCAGAGAAGUUUUUCAGGGUGUUUUAUGACAGAAUGAAAGUGGCUCAGGUGGAGAUCAAAGCCACGGUUACUGUCAACACUAGUGACCUCGGCAACAAGCGGCGUGACGACAACACUCCAGACAAAGAUACUCCACAACGCCGCAGAGGUAAAGACUCCGGUGUGGUGGUGACAGAUGAUGCUCGUGAGCAGCUGUUGGAGGCUUCAGCUGCGACUAAGAAGGCCUUUGGUUCAUAUCGUCGAGAUGCUGAUCCCGAGGAGACGUUUGGCACGGCUGAUGGAGAUAAAGGAGGUGGAGAUAAAGGCACAGAGCAGGGCGAGAUGAGCCCUGUCAUCCUCAUAAUGCAGCCAAUCCUGCGCUUCCUGCAGCUGCUGUGCGAAAACCACAAUCGAGACCUGCAGAAUUUUCUGCGCUGUCAGAACAAUAAAAACAACUAUAAUCUGGUGUGUGAGACGCUGCAGUUCCUGGACUGUAUCUGUGGCAGCACAACAGGAGGCCUGGGGCUGUUAGGACUCUACAUCAACCAGCAUAACGUAGCGCUCAUUAAUCAGACUGUAGAGAGCCUCACUGAAUACUGUCAAGGUCCCUGCCAUGACAAUCAGAAUUGCAUUGCCACCCAUGAGUCUAAUGGCAUCGACAUCAUUAUUGCACUGAUUCUGAAUGAUAUUAAUCCACUGGGCAGGAAGAGAAUGGAUCUGGUUCUAGAACUAAAGAAUAAUGCAUCUAAGCUGCUGCUGGCCAUCAUGGAGAGCCGUCAUGACAGUGAGAAUGCAGAAAGAAUUCUGUACAACAUGAGACCAAAAGAACUAGUGGAGGUGAUGAAAAUGGCCUACCAGCAGGGGGAGGCAGAGUUUGAGGAUGAGGAACAGGAGAAUGGAGAGGAUCAUGCAGCAUCGCCUCGCAAUGUUGGACACAACAUCUAUAUUCUUGCACAUCAGCUGUCGCGUCACAAUAAGGAAUUGCAAAUACUACUGAAACCAGGUGGAGAGGACCAGGCCCUGGAGUAUUACACAAAACACACCUCACAGAUAGAGAUAGUUCGACAGGAUCGCACUAUGGAACAGAUUGUGUUUCCUGUACCAAAUAUCUGCUCUUUUCUGACAAAUGAGUCCAAGCUGCGUGUGUACUAUGGUACAGAGAGAGACGAGCAAGGCAGUAAAAUAAAUGACUUCUUCUUGCAUGCAGACGACCUCUUUAAUGAAAUGAGGUGGCAGAAAAAACUAAGAGCUCAGCCAGUGCUGUACUGGUGCAGCAGGAACAUGUCGUUUUGGAGUAACGUUUCCUUUAAUCUGGCGGUGCUCAUUAAUUUGCUGGUGGCAUUUUUCUACCCUCUGGAUGGAGUGAGCGAAAGCCAGCUGGAACCUUCUCUGUCUCUGUUGCUGUGGGUUUGUUUGUUGGGCUCACUGGGCUUCGUGUUGAUGUCCCCGAGGCCAAAUGCAGUGCGGGUGCUGGUCAUCUCCACUGUCCUGCAGUUGGGCUUCUCUGUAGGGCUGCAGCACAUGCUCACACUCCUGGGAGCUUUCAAUGUUUGUAAUAAGAUCGUGUUCAUGCUGAGCUUUGUGGGUAACCGUGGGUCAUUCACCCGGGGUUAUCGGGUGAUGGUCAUGGAUAGAGAGUUCCUGUUUCAUCUGCUGUACCUUCUCAUCUGCAUACUGGGCCUUUUUGGACACGUCUUCUUUUACAGUCUUCUGUUGUUUGACCUGGUGAACCGGGAAGAGACUCUUCUGAACGUCAUCAAGAGUGUGACUCGAAACGGCCGCUCCAUCGUCUUGACCGCAGUGCUGGGCCUCAUCCUGGUCUACCUCUUUUCUAUUGUUGGAUAUAUGUUUUUCAAAGAUGACUUCAUCCUGGAGGUGAACCGCAUCUCCAACGGCACUCUGGAGGAGGGGGUGACUUUACCUGCUGGUUUUUGUGAUGCGAGAAACGGGUCGUGUCUUUCUGAUGAUGUUGACGAGGAUGACGUGGAGCGCGCGUGUGAUUCUCUAUGGAUGUGUAUGAUCACUGUACUCAGUCAUGGCCUCAGGAGCGGUGGAGGAGUUGGAGAUGUCCUGCGCAAACCGUCUAAAGAGGAGCGUCUGUUCGCCGCACGGGUGGUGUACGAUCUCCUGUUCUUCUUCCUGGUGAUCAUCAUUGUGUUGAAUCUGAUCUUCGGUGUGAUCAUUGACACAUUUGCAGAUCUGAGAAGCGAGAAGCAGAGAAAAGAGGAGAUCUUGAAGACCACAUGCUUCAUCUGUGGUCUGGAGAGAGAUAAGUUUGAUAAUAAAACGGUGACGUUUGAAGAGCACAUCAAGGAGGAGCACAACCUGUGGCAUUACCUCUUCUUCAUAGUGCUGGUGCGGGUCAAAGACUCCACCGAAUACACGGGACCCGAGAGCUACGUCGCUCAGAUGAUCAAGGAGCACAAUCUGGACUGGUUUCCUCGUAUGAGGGCGAUGUCUCUGGUCAGCAGUGAUGGAGAAGGUGAACAGAAUGAACUGCGCAGCUUACAGGAGAAACUCGAGUCCACAAUGAGGCUCGUCUCUAAUCUUACCAAUCAGCUCACAGAGCUCAAAGAGCAGAUGACUGAGCAAAGGAAACACAAGCAGAGGCUCGGUCUGCUGGGAAACCCCGCCCACCUCAACAUCAACCCACAGCAGCCAGCAUGAGGUGGGUGGAGUCUGAGGCCUCCAAGCCAUCACAGCCUUUAAAACCUGAUGUUGUAUCUUGUUAAUACAAACUCCAAUAUGGUCAUGUCUGGUCAUACUUGGACAUGUACACAGUCAAGGACUCGAGUAAUGAUAUUUUGAGCCUCAUCGCGCUAUGAGGUGCUAUAUAUUAUUUUUUUAAGCACUGAUGUGAUCACUUCACAAACAAUCUUUGCACUGUUUGAGUUGGGGUGUGCGAUAUUUAUUGUCAACAUCAAUUUUUACAUCAUUUGUUACAAAUUUGAAUAAUGUUUGAGCUGAAGUGAAUGAUUCACACAUUUAUACUGAUUUCAUACAGAAGUUCAACAAACAGCAAGUUGAUGUUGAAUUUUUGUACCUUUUAAAGACAAGUUUUUCAGUCAACAAGGAAUAUUUUCAAACAAAACCAAAGCAGAAUAAUGGUGCAUCUCUGAGAAACACUGCUGUGUUUCUUUUCUGAAUGAAUCUGUUUUUGAAAGAAUCAUUUGAGUUACUGAUUCAUUCAUUUUACUUCAGCUUAGUCCCUUUAUUUAUCAGGGGUCACCACAGCGGAAUAAACAGCCAACUUAUCC